CCGCGGUGCCUUGUGGGAAGGCGGAAAGAUGGCGGCGCCCAUGGGGCGUACUCUGCUAGGGGUGGCUAGAGGCUGGCGACGUCUCGACAGUCUCUGGGCUGGUAGCCCGCGUUCUCGCUGCCUGUCCCUUGAGGCUGCGCCCUCAGGCAGCCGGUCUCCAUGGCGCCUGUUGGGUGCCUUGUGUCUGCAGCGGCCACCGCUGAUCACCAAGCCGCUCACCCCAUUGCAGCAAGAGAUGGCGGAUCUACUACAGAAGGUGGAGACAGAGAGAAGCCUGUAUUCAGACCACGAGCUUCGUGCUCUGGAUGAAGCUAAGCGACUGGCAAAGAAGAAAGCUGACCUUUAUGACGAUGAACAAGACGAGCAGGGCGUUACACUUGCACAAGACUUAGAAGAUGCGUGGGAGCAGGCAUUCCUACAGUUCAAACCUGGAGCUCGAGUGACAGAAGCUGAUAAAAAAAAUGACCGAACCUCGUUGCAUCGGAAGCUUGACAGGAACCUUGUCCUCUUAGUCAGAGAGAAGCUUGGGGAUCAGGAUUUUUGGAUGCUCCCUCAAGUAGAGUGGCAACUUGGGGAGACCCUUCGAGGGACAGCUGAACGAAUCCUGGACAAACUAUCAGAAAACAACAUGGAAGCCAAGUUCCUAGGAAAUGCACCUUGUGGCCACUACAAGUUCAAACUCCCCAAGGCAAUGCGGACAGAGAGUGACAUUGGGGUCAAAGUCUUCUUCUUCAAAGCUCUUCUGCUCACAGGAGACUUCUCACAGACUGGGAAGAAGGCCCGUCAUGUGUGGGUCAGUAAGGAAGAGCUGGCCGACUAUCUGCAGCCCAAGUACCUGGCUCAGGUCAGAAGAUUCCUUCUGGACGUUUGAUGGACACAGCUUCCUGUUGAUCUGCACAUAAGUCAAGUGCUGGGACAUUGGGAACAAUGCUCAAGCCCAUUGAUGGGGACUGUCAAGCGCCAAACUAAGUUCUGAGAAUUAAAUGUGUUUGUCAUUGUAUUGGAUUUUGAUUUGUCCCUGGGAGACAAUUGGCUUCGCUAUAUAUCAAGUAAAAGCAUUAUGUUACAGUGACUUAACAGGCCGAGUGGGCCGGGAAGAAAGAACACAGGAAAUGAAUUGGUCUAAAUUCCCGAGUUCUGAGAACGUUUCUGGGCUCUUGAAAAGCCUAGUUCUAUAGCUUCUCGGCUGUUUUCACUUCCCUUUUCCCAUUCCACUUGAUAGGAAGGACACACCUUCUUUCUCUCCCUCCGUUUUGGAGGUUUCAUAUUUAGACAGAGAUUAAUCACUUCUUAACCAUUUAGUCAUUUGAAAGAAAGUCCCCUUCUCUCCAGCCUCCCAGUGGAAGAUUCAUGGCCAGGCCGUGAUGUGCAUCAGAG